AGAAGGUUUAAUUUUUAGAUGUUGCUUUGUUCUUCAGGAGCCCUGCGCAGUGGUUGAGAGCUAACCUAAAGGUUAACAGUUCAAAUCUACCAGCUGCUGGCGGGAAACCCUAUGGGGCAGUGCUGCUCGACUGUCCUAUAGGGUCGCUGUAAGUUGGAAUCAAGGCAACAGUGUUAGGUUUCGGAUUUGUUGUUGUUCACAUUGUCUAUUUCAGAAUUAAUCUGAGCAGUUAGAUCAGGACGAAAGUGGGUUUUUAACAAGUUUGAAGCAGGGCUUCAACCUGCAAUUUUCCCCAUUCUGGUUAGCAUUCCGGUUCACCCACAUUUUAAAAAUUUGGGAUUGUUCUUGUGUCUCUUUCUGGGCUAUGACUGAGCUGGCCUGAACCAGUUAGAAGCACUGGUUUGAAACUUGUUUACAAGUUUUUCAAAGCAGCCAAAAAAGAGAGGAUUUUAGUGUUUUCAAUGGACAUUUUUCUUCUUGGCUGCUGAAAACAUUUAAUUCCCUGAUAAUGCUCAGAUUGUGCCUCUGCUUAUCAAAAGUUAACAUUUUGAUCACAAUAUUUAGAGUAAGAAAACCAAAAUGUGUAGCUUUUUUUUUUUUUCCAGCAUCUGUUCAAUAAGUGCUGCUCAGGAUGUCAGAGGUUUCCUAGGAAAUCACCUGGCCGUGUGUCUUCACGGUGCCAUUGCUGCAAAAGACACUAAGGGCCAUGAUGUAGGAGAACAGCUUUUUAAAUUACACCAUGCCCAGGGUUGGCGAAGGGUAAAGAUUCUGGGAGUCUUUUACUAUCUGACGGAGCCAUGGUGGUGCAGUGGUUAAAGUACUCGGCUGCUAACGGAAAGGUUGGCAGCUCUCUGUAAGAGAAAGGUGUAGCAGUCUGCUCCCUGGAAGAUUAAGCCUUGGAAACCCUAUGGGGCAGUUCUACUCUAUCGUAUAGGGUUGCUAUGAGUCAGAAUCAACUCCACAGCAGGGGGAUUUACUAUUUAUAUAUUGUAUAUAUCUGUUAGUGUUUCCACAUUUACAGUAAAAAUUUAUCAUUCAUGUAAGAAAAAAAAGAAAACAGUAGAGGUUAACUGAAUCAGAGUAGGCCAGGCACUGUAAAACCCGGCUUCUCCAUUGCGUAACAAAUGCAGACAAAAUCGUAGAACAUCAGUGAUCUGUAAGCUGAUCUCUGGAACCAGUUUUUAUAAGAUUAAACCACAGGUUGCAUUAUGGGUCGACUUGAUGGCAAGGUCAUUGUCCUCACAGCUGCUGCUCAGGGAAUCGGCCGGGCAGCCGCCUUGGCUUUUGCAAGAGAAGGUGCCAAAGUCAUAGCCACAGAUAUCAAUGAGUCCAAACUUCAGGAACUGGAAAAGUACCCAGGUAUUCAGACUCGUGUUCUUGAUGUCACAAAGAAGAAACAAAUUGAUGAAUUUGCCAAUGAAGUUGAAAGACUUGAUGUUCUCUUUAAUGUUGCGGGUUUUGUCCAUCAUGGAACCAUCCUGGACUGUGAGGAGAAAGACUGGGACUUCACGAUGAAUCUUAACGUCCGCAGCAUGUACCUAAUGAUCAAGGCAUUCCUUCCUAAAAUGCUUGCUGAGAAAUCUGGCAACAUUAUCAAUAUGUCCUCUGUGGCUUCCAGCAUCAAAGGAGUUGUGAACAGAUGUGUGUACAGCACAUCCAAGGCUGCUGUGAUUGGCCUCACAAAGUCCCUGGCUGCAGACUUCAUCCAGCAGGGCAUCAGAUGUAACUGUGUGUGUCCAGGAACAGUCGAUACCCCAUCUCUGCAAGAGAGAAUACAAGCCAGACCAAAUCCUGAAGAGGCACUGAGCGAUUUUCUGAAAAGACAGAAGACGGGGAGAUUUGCAACUGCGGAAGAAGUAGCCCAGCUCUGCGUUUAUUUGGCUUCUGAUGAAUCAGCCUACAUAACAGGUAACCCUGUCAUCAUUGAUGGAGGCUGGAGCUUGUGACUUCAGGAUCUCCUUGCUGGGAAAGAAGACAGGACCUUCUUAUCCACAGUGAGCCUGGAUACAAAGAAAAAGACUCAUCAGUUAUUUCUUUUCUAUUAAUGAAAACAAGCCCUUUUUAAUGAUUUCAUUGUUCAACAGAGUCUGAUUGUUUAAAUGUAUUAAUCUAAUCACUUCUGAAAUCAUUGCAGGAAGAUGAAAUAAAAGGUACUGCACUCACUGAAAUAGUUUCAAAAAUAAAUCUCAAUUUGUAAGCAUAUAUUAAUAUGUGAAUUUGACGGGAAAGGGCUUUUUUAAGGUAUUAAUUUCAGUUUUAGUUCUGUUUUCCAAUAUUCAAAUAUUUUGUACAAUUCUGUAGUAGGUCCAAAUGUGGAUCCAAAUUUAAAAAUUUACACCAUCAUAAAUGAAUACCAAAAGUAGAGUUUGACUUACAGUAGGUGGAGUUUAAAGUUAGAAAUAUGCUGUUCAUCUGUGAUGUAAAAGAAAUCAUCAAGUAUAUGUAAUGAUAGGUGUCAUCACUUAUAAUUAAGUACAAUAUUCUUAGUCUAAUUAAAAAAUCCUUAUGGUCAGUGAUAUUUGACAUGGGUCUAAAAACAUAGUUAACUAGCUGGCAAUAUUGUCAGUUUGAGAGAUAUUUUUAUAGAUUAAAUAUAGAUUUCUUCACCAAAUCCCAGGAUAACAGACAAGAAGAUUGAAAUUUGGAACUAUAUCUACUUAAAUAAAUAUCAGUAAAUCAUAUAACAGGAAGGAAACACAUGAAACUGAUUUCUGGAUUUAUACAAUUAAAAUAAAAUUUUGAGAAAAAGUUUAAGUCAUGGAUGAUCAUUCUAUAUCAUUGGGAAAAUUUUUGUUUUUUGUUUUUAGUUUUAGUGUUUUAUGCUUAUGUUUGUUUCUGCCUCAAAAGACCUAGUCAGAAGCAUAUAUACCCAAAAAUGAGCAGUUAUUCUUAGCCAUUUCUUCUAGAACAUUAAUUAGUAGCUAAAGAAAAUUUUGAAAUGGAAAAUGAAACCAUAAAAUUUUAGGUAUGAAGAAGAAUAUUAUGCAAUUGAUGCAUAACAUUCACCGGAAAGGAUAUUUUAACUAGAAUUCCAGAAGAGUCCAUUGAUUAUAGGAUUUGCUUUGGGGUUCUGAACUUGGUAUUCCACUACAAGAUCAUGGAUGGCUUGCUUUGUGAAGUAAACUGAGUCACCCAAUUUACCUUGGAUUUUAGUUUUCUGGUUUGUAAAAUUAGGGAGUUGGGCUAAAUGACUUGGAUUUCUUUUUGUGUAUCAUAACCAAAAUACUGUAACUUCUUAUCAAGUGAAUUUAUGGAAUCUGAAGCUUAUAAAUAUGCCAUAAAGUACUUCAUGUUGUGAGCAGGCAUAGAUUUAUAUGUAGAGGAAUGAACAAAAAAAAUUCUAAACAAACACAAGAUAAAUUCUACAAAAUGGAUUCAAACAUUAACAAAUGCCCUUUCAGAAAUAUUUCUUUCAGAUAAACUAUAAAACAA